AUGAAUAAUUUGAACAUACCCUUUGACAAUAAGACUCCUAGGAGCAACAACAAGUUUGAUAACAGUCCAAAUACCAACCUAAGCAUCCCUGGAUUCAAGACCCCAAUGAACCCUUUUGUAUUUAAGCAAGAGGACGAUGGAUCAAAAGGAAUGGCUGGGCUUCCUCAAGGAGAUGACUUUGGUUCCAAAUUUCUUGCUUUCAACAUGAUGAACAAGAACCAGUUGCAGGGAACUCCAAUAAAUCAGAUGAAUGUAUUCAGGGAUGAAGACUGGAGCAACUCGUACAGGAAAAAUACUAGUCCUUUCAAGAGACAGAGAAGGUUUGAAGACAACACUCCUAAUGAAAACCAGGAGCUCAACUUUGCACAGGCUGCCUAUACUGCUACCAUGCCUGGAGUCUGUCCAUGCUGCAAACAGAAUUUGCCUGCUGAUAGAAGGAAUGUAAACCUGAAUUAUGAUAAAAACUGGGCGGUAGUUCCUAACACAGCUAGACCUGGUAUAAUGAGUCCUUCUAAUAGGAUGAAUUUCCAAGGAAAUGAUUUCAAUGAUGCCCAGAGCCCUACUUCCAUUCCAAGAAUCACAGUCAAGUCAGAGGACAACAAGGAGAAGGACAAGAAAUCUAAAAGAAAGAGAAAGAACAAGACCCAGAUCAAGAAACUUGAAGAGGAAUUUUCCAAAAAUGCCCACUGGACUAACGACGACGUAGAUAGGAUCUCAAGAGAUCUCAAAUUAGACAAGUCGCAAGUGUAUAAAUGGAACUGGGACCAAAAGAAAAAAUAUAAAAUCCUCCCUAGUAAGGUCUAUGUAGUCCAAAUUCCUGAGGAAUCUGGAGAUGGAGCUAUCAGGGGUGAAGGCAAGGAAGUCUAUGUAAAGUCUUUCCAAGAUGCACUCAAGUUGAAGGAACUUGCCAAGACUUCAGCAUCUGCUCUUGAUGCUAAAAAACCAAAGUAA